AUGAGGCCGAGUUCCGAGUGCAAUGGACUGAAGGAGACGUGCCCUCACCCGCAAAGGAGAAGGAGUAGGAAGGGAAAGGCUAAGGAAGACGAGAGCACGGUGGAGGCCAAAGGGUCAAGCAGUACCGACGAGGGCAGCCCGAUGGAAUCACUUUCACGGCUGCUCGCAGAAUUCCGGGACGACAACAUCGAGGCUGUAAGCCAGUUGAAAAGUGCAUCGCGCACAUUCAUUUCAUCCACUAUUUUGGAUGAUGAGAUGUUGAGUCUGGAGAGCCCAAUAACGGAAACUCUUGCCUGGGCACUCCAGAAAUACGGCCUGUCAACUGAGGGCUACGAUACCUACGCUUCGUUGUACAUGCUUGGAUGUAGUUCCAAUUUGAUUACGCAUGGAAGAUUUCCCUCACCUCUUGUGGAGCCAGGCGAUGUCUACAGUGUCAGGGACAACCGAUACUUGAAAUGCGUCUGUUUUCCAGACGUUUUCCCCCUCACAGCGGCGGUCGAGAUCCCAGAGCUUCCCCUCCCCCAAAGUGCACCUAUGGGGCUCGCACCUAUGCGGAUGGGAUUUUCAACCAGAAUUUCUGUGGUUGUCCUUGCCGCCAUGACCUCCAAGGAGGAAUCUAUCGGGGAUCUCAGACUGGUGAGCGAUCUACCGGUCGUUGUCAUGGAAGGGCGGUUUUCAGACCUCGGGGAUUCGGCGCAUUCGGCACUAGUCCCCGAGGACACAUCGCAGGCAAUUGAACAGGCGUGGAAGCUUGUGGAAAGCGAUGUGCCGCCGUACAGAACAGCAGACCGUAUAACAGAGCUCGGGCGUAUCGCGACGCACCGAGCCACCGACGAGGAGGUGCCGAUCAGGAUCGGAAGUAGUAUCGGUACGGCGGCUGGGGAGGAUAAGGGGACAGCGGGCCUUUACCUCAAGUCUUCGAUUGGCGUGCGGCUGCUGACGGCCGCUCAUGUCAUAUCUCCUCUCGUACCCCGCUCUCAGGAGGACUGGGCUCUUAUCAAACUCCGAGACGGUUUCGUCGGCAAGAACGGCACUUGGUGGGAGAAGAGAUUCCUGGGGAAGUUGAGGAUCCAAUGGAAACUAGUUCGACCAGAGACAGAAUUCACCGGAAAAGUCGUCAGUUUCGAGGAUCCAGCGCUAGGAACUAGUGAUGUCUGGUUUAAGGAUGGAGCGACAACUGGUUGGACGGCUGGGACAUUGAUCUCGACGGAAGUACAUUUGUUUCUCAAGGGGACCACCUUUGGCAUCACGGAAUCGGAGGGCAUUCACCCAGCCAAUAUCGAGAGGGCGAAAGUUCACACGAUCAAGGAAAUGAGGGGUGGCACUUUUGCAACGGGUGGAGACAGUGGGAGCGGUGUGUUCAAACUCACGCAAGACGGCCGCGAUUUUGUUUUCGGGGCGAUGGUGUUGUCGAGUUUCACCCUUCUGGUGAGAUCGUCGCUGACGAUGGGUGUUCCGGCCACCAGAGUUCUGGCUCAAGUAUCCAAGGCGACUGGCGUGGAGUGGGCGGUUGCGGAUUAAAGGACCAUUCUGUACUUUUUAAUAGUUCGCGGUUGUUCUGUUUGUUUCAACUCUUGUAUUUUCUUUCUGUUCUGAUGGAUGUGGGGAGG